GAGAGGAGGGGUUGAAUAUCUGACUCGGAGCCGACGAAGGACGAGGCAGCAGCAGGGAAUUGUGUUGCUAUUGGACCGCUGGAUCUGUGUGAUUUCCUCAUGCUUAAUAACGAUCACCUCUGGGAAAUAUUAGCUGACAUCUCGGGAAUCACAGAUAUAUUUUGUGAUUGUCUUUCAAAGCUGUGGCAUUUGUAAGGAGUGUUUGAACUGUGGAGUUUUCCUCGUCAUCAAAUGGAUGCAAGUGCGUGAGGGGAAUACUUAUAAACGGCGCGUUGCGUCCUGCGGAGGCACGCCGCUUCCUUUUCCAUUGCUGCUCCCAAGAGCCAAGCGCAGCCCAUCAAGCCCCUCACUGUUUGUCGACCUGCGGAAUUUUACGACCUCAACCCGGGAAUUAACGAGUCUGAGCUGCGGAACCUUCAUUUCCAGUUUUGGGGGAGGGUGGAUCCAAUCCUCCUGCGUGGGAGGGGGUGCAGGGUGCAUCAAAAUGGGGAACAGCUUCUCCAACAUAUCUGCCUUCCAGUCGCUUCACAUCGUCAUGCUGGGUUUGGACUCUGCCGGUAAGACCACAGUUCUUUAUAGAUUGAAAUUUAAUGAAUUCGUCAACACAGUCCCCACAAUCGGUUUCAACACGGAGAAGAUCAGGCUGAGUAACGGCACAGCGAAGGGCAUCAGCUGUCACUUUUGGGACGUGGGGGGACAGGAGAAGCUGCGGCCCCUGUGGAAGUCCUACAGCCGCUGCACAGACGGCAUCAUCUACGUGGUGGACUCGGUGGACGUGGACCGGCUGGAGGAGGCCAAGACCGAGCUGCAUAAGGUCACGAAGUUCACGGAGAACCAGGGCACACCUCUGCUGGUCAUCGCCAACAAGCAGGACCUGCCGAAGUCCCUGCCAGUGGCUGACAUCGAGAAGCAGCUGGCCCUGCACGAGCUCGCGCCCUCCACCACCUACCACGUUCAACCCGCGUGCGCCAUCAUAGGAGAGGGGCUUCACGAGGGCAUGGACAAGCUGUAUGAGAUGAUCAUGAAGAGGAGGAAGUCUCUGAAGCAGAAGAAGAAGCAGCGGUAACAGUGGCUGGAGCUGGACUCGGUUUCUACCUGACUUACUGUGACAAAUCCUGGGUUCUGCCAUUUGUGGCACCCAGGUGGGUUGAUUUCUGUUUUCUUCCAUCCUGUGUUUCCAAUGAAACCUGUUAAGCCCUUCUGAGUGAUGCUUUUGCACACAGAAAGCUGAAAGCUGCAGGGUUGAGAACAGAACAUUAAACCAAAACAAAAAAGAGCUAUGAUCCAGAAACUUUGUCAGAGAAACGGGCUGGCCUGUUUCAUCUUGAAAGUAACAGUUUGGAUGUUUUGAAUUUAGAUUCUGUUAUAUUAUCUCACCUCUAGCAGACAGAUUUCAUAUUGCAAAGAGUUGGAUAAAAGUGAGGAAAUUGUAAGAGGGAUGGAAGGCUAACAGCUAGUCAGAUCUGUAACUAUUAGAGCAACUGAAACUAGAAAUAGUUAGAUUUGUGGGAUUCAACAACAUGUUCCCACUAGAGGCCUGCUAAGUUUGCUGUUUAACAUUCAAAGAAAGUAAAAAGUUUUUAGCUAAAGUUGUGGAUUGAUACUGUUGUCUAGGCACAUAGAUUGAUAACCAAAAAAAUACACCUGCGUCAGUUUUUUCCACCUUUGUCCUCCAUCUUUUUGUUAGUAGCAUGUCCAAUAAAACUGUGUUAGUUUUACACAGAAUUAUACGCCCCUGUUUUUUUUAUUAAUGGAUGUAAUGCUAACACAGUAUUUUAGAGGUUCCCAAAAACAAUAAAUAAAUAAAACAAGAGAUGAUAAGAAUGUUUUUAUCUGUAGUUAUAGGACUAUAGGAUUUUUUGAUAUAGAUAUAACCAAAACAAAAUUUGAAAACAAAGAUAGCAUAAACUUAACAUUCUUUAGAAAUAUUCCAAAUCAAGGCCAAGCACAGUUAAAGUUACUCUGGGUUUUGGUAAAGGCUAUCUGUGGUGUUUCAGCAUCAACUCUGUUUUUUUUCCAACUUCCAGGAAAUGAUCUUUAUGUAUUUACUCACUAUUAGCUAACUGUGCGGAUUCAUACAACAGACAGCCUCAAUCAAACUUUAGCCAACUAAUGUGAGCGAUUUUAGGAGAGAAGUUAGAAAGUCUCUUAAAGGUGCAGUUACAUAACUUUUAUGGAAAACAUACAUAUUUAUUAAAACUCUCACCAUAUCGUAACAAUAUCUUAUGACAACAGAUCAUUUGUGAAUAAACUGAUCUCCUCCCCCUCCUCACUGAGUAACUAUUGUUGCCAUGUGAAGAAAUGCACCAAUCCAGACCAGAAAGAACUAGAUCUAUGAUGAGUCAUGAUAAACAAUAAAUCAAAUAAUUGCAUGAUAAAUUAAAAUGAUCAACAUCAUUUUAAUUGAUCGGCUUUAUGGUUUCUUUCUGCCCUUUUCUCUUUGCAUUGAUGACACUGGAUAAAAAACUCUGGUGCUCUCCACUGACCCUUCACUUCCUCCUUUUCUUAGCGUAAGGGAGGAUUGAGGAGUCUGAUAUGGCCAUCUUCUCUAUCUAAUGAUUAUUGAAGGGUAAUAUAUUGUACAGACUUUAAUCUCUGUACUCUUUUGGUUCAAUGUAGUUUUUAUUUGAUGUUGUGUUUAGUUGUUAUUCAAGUAAAUUUUUGUUAAAUGGACACUGAGAGUCCUUUUUUUGUUUUCGGUUGUUUUGUUUAUUGAGUUUACCAU